GAUCUAGAGCUUUUUGCACAUCUUUCAGCCUCUGGUGGUCGCAAGUCAUACAGGAAGAAGCAGCAAAGCACAAAAAGUUACGUUUGAAACUCACACUACGUACUGUAUUUUGGUGGCGCUCAUUCCCAAAACAACGGACAUCUCUACAUUAAUGACCGGUCGCAUGUUAAUACUGCUAAAGUCCUGCUUAUGAGUCUUGUGAAACAGCGCGCUUCAAUUCCCCUUCACUUCCGCGUACAAUGUUUUUUUCUAACGACCUACGACAACUUUAGAGCAGGAAGCCUCCGCGGGCGCUUGUCACUUCGUCUCACCUUUUUAAGAAGCGUGGGCUGUCUGGUGCUCAGUGUUCUAAUCUAGCCAUGAGUAUAAUAGGAGCAGAAGAUGAAGACUUUGAGAAUGAUGAGCAACCUAUGGUUGAUGACAACUGCAGUCACUUUACCAGUAUUGAUCUGUUAAAGUCCAAGCCCACCCACUUGCUGGUCUUCCUUCAUCAUGUCAUGUUGCAGUUUGACUGCGCUCCCGUGCUGUGCUACCUUCAUGCUGACCUCUUCAGGAACUUCAAUGCCAAAGACACCAAGAAACACUUUGGAGAAUUCUACAACACUUUUCUGGAUAAAGGCGCGAACCUCAGAGUAACUGUGCCAAACAGCGUAGGUUUUGAACUUGAUCGCACACGUCCAGAGAUGAUCAGCGAAGAGCUACAGAAGCGCUACACUUAUGAAGUUCAGCUACAGCAGGCUCAAGAGGUACUGCGACAGCUGGAGGACUUCAGGCAGAAGAGGAUGAUGGGAAUGACUCCUAAUGAGCGUGAGCUAAAUGAUGUGGAGUCUCAUCGCCCCACUGACCGCAUCCCCAUGGAGAUGAAGGAGAAGGCUGUAGCUGAAGGCUUGCUGGAAAGGAUGGUUGAGGCCAACCCCUCAAUUGUCGCUGACAAGGACAAAAGUAACUCCAUCUUUGGAGCAGUGGCCUUCUAUAUGAAGCACCUUGGAGUCAAGACUAGAGCACUUGACAACAAGAAGACUAAAUCCGUAUGGCGGCCCUCUGUUCCUUCGGUGUUAAGGCCAUGGGGAGGUGGAAAACCCAGCAAACCAAUCAAACCCCCCGGGAUCAACAAUGAUGGUAAGCAAUCUAGGUUGGACUUUGAAGCAAAGUCCACCAAAUCAAACCCUCCUCCUCCACGAGUGUUGAUAAAUGACAGCAUCAACAAUUUAGGCCGAAAAUCCACUGGGAUCUGGCCAGGCAGUGUCUCGGAGAACACCGAAGUACCGACUAUUCCCUUCAAUGUGACUCCCAGCCCUGACUCUCAAAUUGAAAUCGGUGUCAACACCAGUCGCCUAGACCCCAAACCAGUGCCAGAAGGGGGCGAUGUGUCUCCUGUCAGCACUGGUCCAGGUCUCAGCGUCAGCGAACCUCCCUCUUUCGAUGACAUCGUUGUGGAGGACAGUCAGGACGGCGCCAAGAACGUGCGCCGCAGCGAGAGCCUUUGUGUGGAGCGCCGUCACUCUCGCCGCAGCGGCUCCACCCGGGCCAAGCAGUCUCGCUCCCGUAGCGACGUGGACCUGCAGUCAACUUCCUCCUCCCACCCCCCCUCACCCUCCCCACAGCUCUCUGUGGAAGGUGGGCUGUUGCCUGAUGGGCCCCUCGCUUGCCCCGCCUUUGGCCCCUUCCCUCAGCAUGAGGAGAUGGAGCCCCGCCUCCUGGAGCUUGAGCAGGAUUCACCCAACUGGAGGGAACUUGCUGAUGGUGACAAUCUAAGCAAACUGAGCAAGAUGGAGAUCAAGCGACAGGAAGUCAUUAAUGAGUUGUUUGCAACCGAGCACGCACACGUUCGUAUGCUGAGCGUACUGCAGACCGUGUUUUCUCGCCCACUGGAGAGGGAGGAUAUCAUGGACGCGACAGAAGUGUCUGCAAUCUUUCCUAACCUUGAUGAGAUCAUAGACAUGCACUAUGCUUUUUUUGAGAACCUGAAAAAACUGCGUCAAGAGGACAGUUACAUUGUCAAGAACAUAAGCAUACCACUUCUAAACAGGUUCAGUGGCUCAGAAGGAGAGUGGUUUCAGAAGCUCACCGCACGUUUUUGUAGUCACCAAUCCUGGGCUUUGGAGCAGAUUAAAAUCAGACAGAAGAGGGAUCCACGUUUUAAUGCUUUCAUACUGGAAGCAGAGAGUAAACCGCAGUGUAGGAGACUACAGUUGAAAGACAUCAUUCCUAUCGAGAUGCAAAGACUAACUAAGUAUCCUCUUCUGCUGGAGAACAUUGCCAAGAACACAGAGGUUGAAACAGAAAAAUCGAACAUUACCCAAGCAGCAGAAUGUUGUCGCAAGAUCCUCAACCACGUCAAUGAAGAAGUUAAACAAAUGGAAAACUUACUGAUUUUGAAGGACUACCAGCGCAGGCUGGACACCUCAGGACUAAAGCCCAGCAAUGAUCUUUACGUUGAGUACAAGAACAUAGAUCUGACCACCAGGGAGAUGCUGUUUGAAGGCCCUUUAACAUGGAAGGUGACCAAGGAGAAAGCAAUCGAUGUUCACUGCGUGCUGCUGUCAGACCUGUUGGUCUUGAUGCAAAAGCAGGAUGAUAAGAUGGUUUUGAAGUGUCAGAGCAAAAGCAACAUCGCCGUUCAGGAGGGCAAACAGAUGUUAAGUCCGAUUAUCAAGCUGCAGUCGGUUUUCCUCAGAGAUGUGGCCACAGACCCAAAGGCUCUCUACGUUAUCUUCACCUGGGACAGCGGAGCACAGAUAUACGAGCUAGUGGCUCAAUCUGUCGGGGAAAGGAGAAACUGGACUGAAGUGAUUAAGUCUGCAGUUGAUGAGCUGAAGAAGAGAAAAGGGAGUGGACUUGAUAGACAGAGAGCUGGCAGCGUGCCCAGCAGCGCUAUUGGACCUGGGUAUGGCUCUCUCUUUCAUCCUCCUCUUAGCCCCACGGAGAAUGGCGCAGUUUCAUUGAAAAGUCACAGUGCACGAUACAAGGACAAUCUCGCUGAUGAAAAGAGCAACAUUUCUGAAACUUCACUCAUAGACUAUCUAGCUGCCAAUGGCAUCGACCUGCUCACCCAAAGCCACACCCCUUCUGAAAAAUUAGCUGCGGGGGCUUUGGAUGAAAUCAUUUCUUUGAAGAGACUGUUGGUCGGGAGUAUCAGCCUGUCGGAUGAUUCGGGGGCGGGGCCUGAAAGCCAGGAGACAGAUGGCUGUCAAUCAUCAGUGGAGGAAUCCAGCACAGAUGACAAAACUGAAGGACAGGAGGGUGGAGGAGAUGAAAGUAGUAAAGGAGAAGAAGAAAGAGGGAUCAGCGCUCCUCUGGUGCUUUCUCAGGAGCGCAUGGAGGAGGUGCAGAGGAAACUGCAGGUUCUUGAGGAACAACUGAAGAGACUGCAGAGUGUUGAGGAUUACCAUUAUAAAUUGCAAGAAGCCCUUGGGAAAUAUUCACUUCAGGGGGGCCUUUACAACUGAGAAACAUCACGACCUGCUGUCAAAGAUCACUGUGUGUGCUGGAAAAUAGUCUUGAAGUGGCUUGCAGAGGAUUCAAUGAUUGACUAUUACUGCCUACAUUUGUCUGCUGUUCUCUUGUCUCAGCUCUCCUUUCAGAAGAUUGACCGCAGACUUCAGGCUGUUUCUAAGUCAUUGAGACCUGAAAUAGACCGGGUAUUGUGAAAUUAUAGUGAUCCAUGAGCAUGAAUGCGUGUGUAUGUGUCUCUGUUGAGUGACAGAAGAGUGACAGUCUUGCCAAAAGAUGCCAAAGAAAUGUAUGACAUCUAAAGAACGAUUAAAGUAAGAAGUAAAUUAAGUUAAACUUGUCAACGCAUGUCAAGUUAGUUUAGUGUCAAGAGACUAUCUAUAUUCAUAAGAAACUUGCAUCUCUGUAAAUUUAGUUAGAUAUGAUGCCGGCCACUAAGACUGGAGUUACAGAGUCAGGUUUUCUAUCAGAUUAUACAAACAAAUGAUGUGCCAUUUUAUUUAUUGUUCAAAUGAACAGUGAAGCUUCAAAUUAGCUUUUUUUGCCAAUGAUACAAUUUUCUCAUCCAAAAAUACAUUACCGUCUAUUUUAAAUAACAGAAAUUAAAAUGGGUAUGUGUGGAGUUCCUAGCAGAGCAUUGUUCUAUUUUGCAGUACCCUUGCAUGGGUCAAACUGUAGUAAGAAGAAAAAUGACAUGCUGUUUGGUUUUAACAUGUUUGUAGUUUAUUUGAAUUCUGUGUCGUCUUACCAGAACGUCUGUGAUUUUUCAAGAAAGAAAAGAAAAGUGUUAAGUUGGACAGUUCAGUAGGAUGAGGAAGGGGAGAUGGUUUUGGGUAAGGUGGUGCUGGUUUACACACUUGACCUUCGAGAGUGAAGCUGAGAAAGCUGGUGCAAGGUUUGAUCUUAAGAGAUCUAGUUGGAGUUUGAUAUGUGAAAAUCUAGUAUGAAUCGCUUCAAAUGUACUACCUGCAUAGACAGCUCAAGCACAUUUGAGUUAUAACAUAAGAGGUCAUGUAUGAUGUAUGACAGACUCGUGCAUGUGUUUAUUGAUCUGAUGUAGCAAAGCAGAUGUAGUCUGGUAGGUAGACACAGAUCAUAUAGUUGUUUGUGUGUACUGUAUCUAUGCAAAAUCAUGAGAUGUGUAUAUAAGGUAUCAGUCAUUUCCAGUCACGUCAUUGCUUCUGAGUUUUGUUUUGUUUUGUUUUUAAGAGUCGUUUUGUCAGCCUAAACUGGACCAAAGAGUUAAGAUAGAGGAACAUAUAAGAUCAUUGUCUGGUAAUGCAUGUGAAAGUUAGCUGAGAAUCACUCAUUGGGCUGAAAGGGAAUGGGGUACGAUCCAUUCGCCGAUCCCUCUCUAAACUGCUUCACCUCUCUGCUGGAUCAACCCAUAAAAUGUUGAAGUGGAUUUGCUUGUAAAGGCGGUUUGUAAUCCUAUUUUGGCGUGAAGGAAUUAAAAGUUGGCGCCGAAAUGAACUGCUGUAUCUAUUGUAGAGAAGAUGCUGGUCCUCAUUAUCUGAUCAUGUUUUUCGGUUUAAGGGACUAGCAUAUUCUCUCUGCACUCUUUGCCUUAAGUAACCACAGAAGACCAAGUAAAUCUGGGUGUUGAUAGCAUUUCAGAGUUUGGGUGCAGAAACUGUGGGUUUUCUCACCAGUACCGUAAUUAUGAUCUUAUGCAACAUGCUUUCAUGAUGUUAUUCAACCCACUGCCUAGUUAUGCAACAUUGACCCCGAUUUGAUAUUGUAGUGUGAAUUAUAUUGGUAGAUCCAACUUGUUCAUUUCGUUUUUAAGUUGUUUUCUCGCUCUUUUAUCAACUGUUUCCAAAUGGUUUACUUAUCUGAAGUCUUGCUUUCACAUCAGAAGAACCAGCAAUGUUGGUCCUAGUAGCUGUCAAUCAGACCUGUUUUCAUCUUUUAUUCUCUUUUAGAAGUAAUGAAUGAAAUAACUUUUAAAGGUGGCUCAAGAUGUUCGUUCCCACUUUACCACCUAGCUGUCUUUCUGGUGGCAUAAUUUUUCAUUUGCUUGUAUGUGUUUUGUGUUGUUGUUUUGAUGUUUUUUUAAACUUGUGUUAUGUACUAUGCAUUGCCUAUUAUAAAAGAGGGUAUGAGAGAGAAAACUAGGACACCCUUUGCCAGACUAAGCCUAGAAGGCCUCACUCAGUGUCACUUGGCAAGAGUCAGUUGCAGUUCAUUUGCAUGAUGUGUGCAACUUGGAAUGAAGAAAUGAUCUAAUUUACCGUGAACUAAUUGACAAGAGAGUUGUGGGUAAAGUGUCUCUCUCACCUUGUACACUUUUGAUGCAUCUAUCUAAUCACACAUAUAUUAUACAUAGUGGUAUAGCUGUAUUUUUAAAUCUAUUUAUAGGGUGCCUUGUGCAGAUUUAGGUUUUCUUUUCAAAGGGCUCCUUUAGUCCUUCUGGCACUCUGUCCCUUCUCUUCGUUCAGCAGUGGUCAGUGUAAUUGUUAAUCUCAGAUCUGCUUUUGGCACAUCUGAUAUUUUGUAAAGUCACCUCUUUAAGUGCAAUGCACCAUUGACUCAUACUAUCCAUCAAUUUUUGUCGCACCUGUUUGUGGCUGUUAAAAUUUGUUUUCCUUUAGUAACCGAUGCCCCAGCAAAGGUUUUGUUCAAAUGAUCUAAACCCUCAUACAUCAUUCCUACAUUUUAUGUAAUACUGUGUAUAGAAGUUUACUAAAUACAGGCAUUCCAUUAAUGUCUGUCUAUAUAAAUGAUUAUGCAAGAACUAUUCUGUGUAUUUGGGCUUUGAUUUUAUUUUGUACGAUACUUAAGAAACAUGUAGGUACGUUUUUUUAUUAUGUCUUUUUUAAUAAAUGAACAAAUGUUAUUUGAGCUUU